CUCUCUUUCUCUCUCCCUCCCCGGUCGCUCAAGGAAAGGUCCUCCCCACCCCUCCCUCCCUCCCUCCCAAGGCCCGGCUCCGCGCAUGCGCGCCUCUCGACCCUCACCGUUCGCUCGACGUCUCCGCGACCAGGUGAACGUCGCUCACCAAGGACCUGGGUCAAUCCAGCCCCUUAGUUGGCCCUCAAGCGAGAGAUGAUGGAAGGAACCUCUCUGCCUCAGCUCUUCCUUUCUGGCAAGGCAGUUGUGUAAAAGAAACCACAGUUGUGUUAUGGGACAGUGAGAACGGUGAACACAAUUUGGAGAUUUUUUUGUCGGCCGUCAAUUAUUUCAGACGUUUCUUGACCUCCCACUAGGAAACAUCAGUGCUAGGGCUGUUGGAGAGGAGGAGGGUGGAGAGGACUACAAGAAUUCGCGGAUUGGAAGAUGGAGUCCCGCCAGCCGUCCCUCUUCUUCCCGAGCAGACUUUUGACCGGGAGGUCAAGCAAAACAUGGCCGAGCUUUCUCUCUGGACCGUCGUGGCCGCCAUCCAAGCGGUAGAGAGGAAGGUUGAUGCCCACGCCAGUCUGCUCAACCUGGAGCGCCGCGUGAUGACCAAUGAGAAAAAAUACGUGGAUUGCGAGAAUGCCGUGGUGGACUUCGGCAACCAGAUGGAAUGCAAGUUGACCGCUCUGGGCACCUUGAUCCAGGAAUACGGGCUGCUCCAGAGGAGGCUGGAGAACAUGGAGAACCUCUUGAAGAACCAGAACUUCUGGAUCCUCCGACUUCCCCCGGGAUCCAGGGGGGAAACGCCCAAGGUGCCCAUGACUUUUGAGGACAACGGUGUCUACUUCUCGGAGCAGGAGUGGGGCAACCUGGAGGAAUGGCAGAAGGAACUCUACAAGAAUGUGAUGAAGAGUAACUACGAGUCGCUGGUCUCCUUGGAUUAUGCCAUCGCUAAACCGGAUCUUCUGUCCCGGAUCGAACAAGGGGAACGUCCCUGUGCUGAGGAAGAGGAGGCAGCCACGACGGACAGGGUGAUAUCUUCGGAACCCAGCCCAGAAAUCCUGGUUUUUAGACCCUGCCUCUCCUCCCCACCGGAAGAAGGGGCUCGUGUGCAAGGAGGUCUAGAAGGGGAACAUGGGGAAGGACGGAGGGUCCCACAGGCAUCUGGCAUCGAUGAUGAAGUCGCUCAGACAUCCUUCAGAUCCCAAGGGAAGCGAGAUCUGGAACGGAACCUGGAGGGCCCGGACCUCUUGGACAAAGGCGAGAUGCAUGUUCGGCCGAGCAUGGAUGACGGGCUGGCCUUCAAAGCCGAGGUGCUCCAAGCUCAGCGAGCGCUGUGCGAAAGCUUGGGGCUCAAGUGCACAGAUGAGACGCUCCUCCAUGCUCAUCCCCAAGCAGCCUCCGUCGGCAGCCGUUACUUUGUACAACAGCGAAGGCAUGCUGAAAAUCCCGGACAGGAAGAAGAGGCCUUGGCCGGAGAAGGUGGCUUCAGCAGUCUUGAUGCUCCAACAGACUUGCGUGAUUGCCCAGAGGACAAAAUGUUUGCCUGCCCAGACUGCGGGAAACGUUUCCGCCUUUACAAGAGCCUUGUAUGCCACCAAAAAAGCCAUGCCGGUGCUCCGGCGGCUUGUGAAAAGAGCUUCACCUACAAGCAGCAGUUCACCCUCCACCAGCACAUCCACACUGGGGGUGGCGGAUACACCUCAGUGGCCUGUGAGGAGACCUUCAAGCAAAGCCAUAAUUUGAAGCCCCUUCCUCGGGGGCCGGGAGCAGAAAAGUCAUACGGCGGUGCCAAGUGUGUGAAGACCUUCAAUGUCAAGUCGUCCUAUCGGCAGCAUCCAAAAAGCCACGGGCGCGAAAGGCCGUACCGCUGCAGCCGGUGCCCGGAGAGUUUCUCUCAAAAGAAGAGCCUUGUCACGCAUCAGCGGCUGCACUCUGGGCGCGGCGGCGGCUCCCUGGCCUGCCUCUACUGCGGCAAGAACUUUAGCCACCCUUCGGACCUGGUCCGGCACCAGCGCAUCCACACCGGAGAGAGGCCCUACCGCUGCGACGAGUGCGAUAAAAGCUUCACUCAGAAGCAACAUCUUCUCCAGCACCAGAAAAUCCACCUGCGUGAGCAGAACAGGCUGAUGGGUACGGCUGUCCGGGAAGCCCUGCUGGACGCCAUCUUCAUUUAGUCUGAUCUUGCGAGGACGCCACGCUACCUCAAAAAGACGUGUCCUGAGUGGACUCCCCCUCUCUAGCCCGGAGUUCAGAUUCCUGGAGACAUUGGUGCUCCGUUGUAGCAAGGGCAUUUUUGUACGGGGUCUCUAACUAUACUUCUGA